AUGCGCAUUAGCUUAUCCAACGCUUCGGCGGCCUUGCUGUUGUUGGCUUCGUUUGGCACUUUGGCCGCCGCCGAAAGGUAUUGUUUCGAUGACACCCGCUUCACCGAGGCGGACUGGGCCUUUUGCCAGCAGAUUCAGCCAGACUUGUUCAUGUACUACACGCCCUUUCCCGAGGAGGGAAACGUCAUGUUAGGCCUCCAUGCUACCCGCGAUACCUUUGGAUGGACGGCCCUUGCCCUUGCGGGAAAUGGUGGCAUGAAGGGGGCUAGUCAGGUGGUAGUACGUCAAGAAAAUGGCGAGUGGAUUGCCGAAGACAGGCAUUCGCGAGACUAUGUGACUCCCUCUUUGGAUGCCUCUCAGGAUGUCAAGCUUCUCUUUGCGAAUCAGACAUCGUGUGGUGAAACCUCCUGGGGUGUCCUCAUACCCAUGAACUCUUGUGACGAUGAUGACUAUCCGAUUGAAGAUAUUAGCGUCUUUAUGCAUUGGGCUUUUGGUGACGGCCAUACAUUUGGAUUUCAUGGCAGCCGUCGAGGACAGUUCCACGCCAAUCUAAUGAGAGCUCCCAAGGAUGUACCCAGUACAGAUGGAUUGCCAUACCUGGAUAUUCUCAUGCCGGAUGUACCCGUUGUGGUUGGAGAGGGAGGCAGUGAUCCAACCAAUCCUUACAUUUGCAGUUUCUUUGAUAUUAGCCAGCUACCCAAAUCCAAUACCAACGAGGAGCUCGGACCUGGCUCCAAAGUUCAUGUGACUCGAUUCUCACCUGUUCUUGAUGAAGAUUCGAAGCAAUUCGUACACCACAUGAUCUUUAUUAUCCCCGAAUGCGAAAGUAUGCCCAGUGGGUGCUCCAUCAUGAAAUGGCCUUGGGCAGUGGGUAGUGAAGAUAUCAUCUUUCCUGAAGAUGUGGGUCUUCCCUUUGGAGGAGAGCAGACCAUGCUGGUCUUGCAGAUGCACUACUACAACCCGAAUUUGGUUGAAGACAUCAGAGAUAGCAGCGGUGUUCGAGUAUACUUCACAACCGAGUUACGACCCGAAGAAGCUGGUGUUAUUGCGCUGAAUGGUGGCACGGGCCCCUGGCAGCGACCCUCCGUCCCUGCUGGACAGUCGGAUUAUGCAUUGGACCCCAUGGUCAUUCCGUCCAGUUGCACGAAUUACAAUUGGCGCGAACCAAUCACUGUGCUGGGUGUCAUCCAUCACAUGCACUUGGCGGGGCUCAACAUGGAUAUCAACGUUGAAAGAGACGGAAGGAGUCUAGGUCCUUUGAGACAUGAAAAGUUUUAUGACUUUAAUCAUCAGUCCUUGGAAGAAUCGCCGCUGGGCAAGCUCGAUCCAGGUGAUCAACUUGUAAUGAAUUGCCACUAUGAUACUACCGGGGUGACCGAAGACAUUUCGUUUGGAGAUCUGACACAACAGGAGAUGUGCUAUGCCAUUAUGAUGGUAUAUCCCGUACAAGACGUGGACGACUACAGUUACACGCCGGUUGCUUUCAACACGGAACAAUGCUUCACAGCCGGCACUGGAGCAUUCGCAAAUGUCAGUGCUUGCACUGAAAAUUACAUGGAGAGCGUCCCAACGUUCUUUGACUUUCGAAACAACGUUGAAGAUGAUUUCGGUGCUUUCGACAUGUGCAAUUCGGACUGGUACGAAUCAUUACUCUUGCCCUAUCUGCCUGCCAGUUGUCCCGACUGCUACAAGAACAGCAACUGCACUGCAGAGGAAGUUGCUAUUCACGCUCAAACUGUGGUUUGCCCGAACCAAUGUAAUAUGAUGGGGGCGUCCGUCUACCCCAAUGUCAGUCAAACAGAAGCGUACGCUUCGGGUGUCUGGGGUUGUAGCGAGAAUGGGCCUGCGUCGCCUGAGUUUGGCUGGGUCCAAUACACCAGAGCGAUUGAAAUGCAAGAAGCCAACUGUACAGCCCGCGGAGAUUUGUCGCAGGUCGUUGAACUCGCGGAUGUUCCUGUCGGUGCUGACGAAUCUGCCGCUGAUUGCGGGGCGGUAUCUGGAAGCACGAAACUCAUGUUGGGAGGCGCCCUCGUUGGAACAUUUGUGGCCGUCUUUACCAUGCUCUAA